GCGCAUCGAAGUGGUAUUUUCUUGAAAGGUAAAUUGUAUCAACAUAAAGUUUAAAUAAUAAUAAUAAAACACUUAAUCUUCUGAGUUGGUUACCAGCAAGGAUUAAUCGGUGCAAUACGGAAAGGAGCCUGGCAUGAGAAACAAAGAAAAUUACAUAAAAAGUCCGCCGGAACAGCGGGGAAGUCCCGAAAGGAAAUUCCCCCCUCCAGUUUGGAAUAUUAUUAAUUUCGCAAUUUAAUGUCUAUGUAUGUUUAAUUAAAUCCAUUUGCCGCUUGUAUAUGCUAGUUACCAUUUGCGUACAGGUACUGUAGCGUAACAUUAUUGUUACAGUAGGUGUUUUAUUUAUAGUUGUGAAUUUUUGUCCCAACACAUUUGGCAUGCAAGCAGAGUAGUUCAUCAACCAACUACGAUGUCCUCCCACAGCAGCUUCAACAGCACAGAAACACCGAGCCACGGAUACAAUCAGAGAGAAGAGAUGGUGGAACAAAUCAAGAUGGAAAACGCAAUGCUUAAAACCAAACUACAGAGCUAUACAACUUUGAACACUUUCUACCACGAAACACGCCUGGAAUUGGCCAGAAUGAACCACCACGUCCGCUUACAAGAUAAUAUAAUCAGGGACCUAAAGGCGAGGUUAGCAAGAUACGAAAACGCCGCUGUUCAUGUAGGGGAAGAGGGGCCACUGGUUUUUGGACCUUCAAAGUCCUUAUUCGAGAAUCUAUGUAAGGAAAUCAGCAAACUUAAACAGCAACAGAAAGAAACUGAAAGAAAUUCUGAGCAGCAACUGGAAACAAUGAAACUAGAGCUUCAGAAACUGCAAAAGGAGUUGAGAGAAAAAGAUGAAGAAAUGCAGAGAAUGACAAGCAGACCGCCACAUGAGAAAGACCUGGAGAUUUUGCGGCUCCAGGGGGUUCUGGCAGAGAAGGAAAGGGUUCAGGCAACUAGAGAGGUGCUGUGUCAUUCCCUCACUGAUGAGGCAGAGCAGCUCCGUGCUCAGCUGGCUGCCACAGUGGAAGUAUGUCAGCAGGUAUCACAAAGACUGGAGGGCAAACAGAAGAAACUUCCUGAAUCUGGAGAAGAACAGAUUCAUACAGAACAAUCUAGCAAGCUUCAAUGUACAAACUCUAAUGAGACUGCUCAUCUUAAGGCUAUAGUAUGCCAGCUACAGGAAGAAAAUAAAACUUUACAGCAGAAAGUGGUUCAUGUAGAAAGCUUGAAUGCCAAGUGGCAGAAGUAUGACGCUAGCAGGGAAGAGUAUGUGAAAGGACUGUGUCAGAAACUGAAAGUGAAUUCAAAGCAAGGCUUUGACUCGGCGCAGACCAACAUGGACAUGAUGCAGCAGGAGAUCCUGAGGCUUAAUCGACUGCUGGAAGACAAGAUGAAGGAAUGCAACAGGUUCAGCAGAGACCUGGAGGAAACCAGGAAAACGGACAGAGAACGCAUCCAAACACUUGAACAACAGGUUCUUAUUUAUAAAGAUGAUUUUAAGUUUGAGCGAGCUGAUCGAGAGAGGGCGCAAAGCAAAAUACAAGAUCUUCAGGAAGAUAUAGUCCGCUUAGAGCUGCAGCUGAGAAGACAGGAUUCAGGAGAUCAAGCUACCCCUGUCAGAAUACACAUUGGCAAUAGGAACCUUAUGCACAUAGAGACGGAUGCUGCUGAAGUGUUGCUGGGCAAUAGCCCUGAUCAAUCGGGAGCAAACAGGUCAAGCUCCCAGUCAACUCAAGAUUCUCCAGCAGCAAACAGGACUUCAAAAUCAGAGCACAGAGCACAGACUGACUUACAAUGUCCACGCUGUUUGGUAGUUUAUAACGAUGAACAGUCGACUGCAUUUCUAAAACAUUUUACAGAAUGUGCUGAACUAUAAGGCAAAGAAACAAAAAACUGUCCAAUGAGACAAUAUACAACCAGUGAACGACACUACUUUGUGUGGGUUCAGAUACUUGUUACAAUGCUAUUGUCAGAAAUAGCUACAGUCUUGCUGCUUUUACAACAUCCUUUUAACUGUUGUGUAGUUCCCUACUUCGUUGUGUCUUCGCAACUCCAAAUAGCACCCUAUACAGCUAUUUACUGGAGUUUAGGCAUAGUUGAAAGUGACAGUGGGUUACAUGACCCAAAGCUACAGGCUAUCAUGUGUCAAAAUCUGUUUCACUAAAACUGCAGUUUCAGAGAGCAGUAGUUCGUUGACAGUUGACUGCUAGAGUGACUAUUGGCCCGUUUUGUGGCUAAUAGCACAUGCUAUUUUUGGUAUUUUUUUUACCAUGUUGGUAAACUGACGCAAAAUUGGUUUCAGUCUGAUUCUAUAAUUUUCUUCUGAUUUAAUAGCUAUUUUUUCUAUUCCAUCUAUUUAUACGUUUCUGUACUUUAUAUAUCUUUCUUAUCAACUGACUAAAACAGCAACUGUGUGCUCCAAAAGGCUAGUUGUACUUUUGUGAUUUUAUUGUGAGAAGCAACAGAUGCACUUGGCUAAUAGUGUUGUAGCCAGAUACAGUGCAUCUCUCCUUCAAAUAAGACGUUAGUAGGAGAUUAUUAUUAUUAUUAUUAUUAUUAUUAUUAUUAUUAUUAUUAUUAUUAUUAUUGUGCUGUCCACAGUAAUCAUGUUUAACUUAUUGCACUUUACAGUAUGUCUAACUAAUUAAAAGAACAGUAAGCUUGGGAUAAGUGCAGUUGUAAUACCUUGGUGCUUGAUAUGUGUAUAUAUUAUAAAUGGUAAUAUAUUUAAUUUACUAGUAAUAGCUUGUUAGCUUAGAAUGCAUAAUUCAAUGUAAUUCAGUGUUUGGGGAAGUUAUGCCAGUUGCCAACUUUCAGGGUUAGUAAUUUGUUUUUUAGCUUGAGUUAUGUAAGACUGCAAUGUAGACAAUCUCCAUUUUGCUAUGUGAGUGAAAUGGAAGUGGAAACAGAGCUCUAUACACAAGUCUCUGCUCAAGUGAUACACAUUUUUGGGUAGUCUACAGCUAUGGCUAAAAGUUUUGCAUCGCCUAGAAUUUUAGGAUUGAGACAUAAUUAAAAAAACAAACAAA